CAAUGCACAUGUAAACUGUAGUUUUUACUUUUACAGAGUACAGAAAUAUAUUACAAUUUACAUUACAAUCUCAAAUCUCAAGUUAUUGCAGUUGCCGCCAGAAAUAUAAUUGUAAUCAAUAUUAACAAGCAGAAAUAAUCAUAUUCAAGUACCUAAUAACUUACCUCUAAAUUAGUGACUUAUGGCCUGACGUUAAACGCAGCCGAAUACGUAAUAAUUAUAAUAACAUUGCAUCAAAUGCAAAGUGCAAACUAUUCGUAAGUCGUAACUGAAAACUGAAUAGGUAUUAUUAUAUUGGGAUGGCCUGUUUAACAGUUGUUUGAUGGGGAUACCUGAGUACUUGUAACAUAUAUUUCAAUAAUAUGUAUGAGAUUUAUGUAUCUUAUUUAUAACUUAUUAUCAUUGUUUUGAAGUAUCCUUUCUGAAAAUGGGUAGAAGAAAAAAGUUAACUGUUCUGUUAGAAGCUAAUAACAGUGAGAUUGUUGAUGAUAAAUCAGAAGGUACCAAGGCAUGCUCAACUCACGAGGCCAAUAUUCCAAAGACUGAAUUAGAUGCAUUUAAGGUUAUGAUGGAUUCAAGGAACAAAAGUAUUGGCAGUAACUCUCCUGGAAAAGAAAGAGCUUGUCUUGAAUCUGAUAGUCAGGAAUUAAGUGACAAAAAGGAGUUGAAGGCUAAAAGAAUGUUAUCAUUACAAAAAAUGGCAGAGGCCAAAGGAUCAUUGAAGAACAAAGCAAUUGAAGAAUAUAGAGAUAGGUUUAUAGAGGAAAAAAUUGUGAAAAGAGCUGAAAGACUUAAAAACUUUAUUGAACAAAAAGAGAAAUAUAAGUUACCUAAAGCUUCCAAUCAAAUUAAAGUAGAAAAAAAACCUGAACCACCUGUUGUUAAAAUUAAUGAAGAUGUGGAUUUGAAUGUUAAAAAGUCUUUACAGCUUUGUAAUAUGUUUGAAAUGUCGGACAAACUUUUUGAAGGCAAGAAUAAAGUAUGUAAGAAUCUAACAAAAGAAGAUGAAGAAUUUUUGAGUAAGUUGUCACCAUCAUUACGUAAAAAAGAAAAUAUGUUAUCAUAUUUUGAGACAGUUCCAAAAAAAUCUCCCGAAAAUGUUGAAGAUAACCUUAAUCAUGAUAAAAGCCAAAAUAUCAUAAAAGUAAAAUUCAAGAAACAUAUUAAAAAGUCAAGAAAAAUAAUUUCAAACCCUACUGUGCCUGUCUCAUCAGAAACUUUAGAUGGCAGUGAAUCAGAUGUGAAGACUAAAUCAAUAAUAAAUUGUGAUCCUGAUCCAAAUAUGAAAUCAGAGGAAGUACAUAUUUUGUCUAAAAGCCCUUCAUCAUCUCAAAGUCCAGAUCACAGACCAAAAAGAAAUGUCAAGAGACCAGCUAAGUAUUCACAUAGUAUUAGUAGUAGCUCAGAUGAGGAAUACAACAUUUUUACACCAAAAAAGAAAAAAUGUCACACUGUAAUGGAAAUCAUUACAAAAAGUAAUAAUAAAAAUGGUAUAAAUCAUAUUUGUAUAGAACCACCAGUACUUGUGGUAAAAGAAAAAUCAAACUCAAAAACAUUGACAGAGGAUAAUUGUUAUAAAGUGCAACAUACAAAAAAGCCAAAGACAGUUGAAAGUUCUAAGAUUUGUACUAAAUUAGCCCCCAUCUUUCAAUCAAAGUCUCAUUUAAAUGCUGAAGCCAAGCAAAAGUUCCUUCAAAGUGGUUUUCCAGAAAUAUUAAAAAGAAAUAGUUGUCAGCAGCAAUUGAAUGUUCAAACAGAAAGUUUUAAUUCAGUUGUUCAUGUCCAACAACAAGUAGCCAAACAUUCAAAUAACAUAAAUGUUUUAGAUAUCUGUUUAAGAAAUAACAUUUUGGUUGAUGAUGAGGUAAAAUUUGAAUAUAAAAAUGAUAUAAUACAAAAUUUAUUAAACUUAAACACAUUGCAAAUAAAUUCUAAAAUUGCAUUAUGUGAUAUAAACAAGAAUGACCUUUUGCAAAAUAUUAAAAAAUCAUAUGAAAAGUUCCCUGUGUACAGAACAUACCAUUUAUUAAAAGGUAAAAGUAAAGGUGACUUUAGAGACUAUAUAUAUCCUGAUUUGGACAACAGUGUGGAAAUUAUAAAUGGCUUAAAAAAUAGUGAAGAAGAAUACACAGAUAAAUUAUGUUGGACAGAUAAAUAUAAACCUACAUCAUCUAAACAAAUAAUUGGUAAUUUUACAGCAAUCGAUGAGAUGAAGAAAUGGUUGCAGAAUUGGACUGAAAACUUAAUUAAAACAAAGAGUGAGAUGAAUAGCAGUGAUUCAGAUUUUUCUCUUUUUCAUGACUCUGACGCUGAUAGCAGGGAGUAUUUAAAGAACAAUAAUAAUGUGUUGAUUAUAUCUGGUGAUGUGGGUUGUGGUAAAACUUCAAGUGUUUAUGCUAUUGCUGCAGAGUUAGCAAUAAAAGUUAUAGAGGUAAAUGCGAGUAGUAAAAGGACUGGAAAAAUUAUGUUGCAAGACCUACAAGAAGCGACAAAAUCUCACAAAGUAGAUAGGGGAAAAAGUGGUUCAGAAGGUAGUCAAAAAAUGCAAGAAAAGAAGAAAAAACUGAGUAAAAAGCGAGGUAGAAUAAAAAAAACAAAAAAGUUUUUAAAAAUAAAUGAAGUUAGUGAAGAGAUCAUAAGCCAGGACAAUGUUCGAACUGGAAUGUCUUUAAUACUAAUAGAUGAUGCUGAUGUUGUUUUUGAACAAGAUGAUGGUUUUUGUUCAGCCGUGUCCCAGUUGAUCCAGAGUUCUAAAAGACCUGUUAUCUUAGUUACAAGCUCGUUAACAUGCCCACAUUUACAAAGGUUCAUUCAAAUUGCAAAAGUUGUACAAAUGAGACGAUUUAUGCCCCAUAUGCUUGGGGUAUGGUUAGAUAUUUUGUGUCUGGCUGAUAUGGGUGCAUCUUGCCCCGGCUUGGGUUCUCGAAUGCUAAACGUUCAUAAUGGCGACAUUAGAAAAACAAUAAAUUGUUUACAAUUCUGUAUGGUAACACAUAAAAAUACAAUGAAGAUAGAUGAUGUUGAUAAUCAAGAAUUGAACAUACAUGAUGAAAGUUCUAGUUUGUCAUGGGCUGACCAAGAAUGUGCUACAGAAAAUACUGUAUGCUUGGCUAACAUUAAGUCUGAUGUAUCAAAGAAGUUUAUUGAUACUCAAAUAAGAAAUUUGAUAAAUAAUUCUCCUGUAAAAAUGUUAGGCAUGUGGUGGUCAAUUCCGAAAAUGUUUGAAAUGAAUGGGAGAAGAGAACAGAUUGACAUAGUGGCUACAAUGUUAGAUGGCAUAUCGACUGCUGAUUAUACUGGCAAAUGCUACUCAGAGAGUAAUUUUUGUUUCAUUGAAGGUAGAAUUUGGGGUUCUAAAGAAAAUGCCAGUGUGAUGGAAUCGGAGGUCAUUGAUUAUUACAACAAAAAUAAAGAAGUAGGCAAUGAUAUAGCUGCUGAACUAACUGUGAGGAGUAUUAGUUAUAUGAAGAGAACUUUAGAAUAUAAUGAUGCCUUAGACAUGGAUAUUCCUGGAUUUUCCAUUGCAAGGGAAAGGGAGAAAGUUUUAUCCCGCCAUCACACUUUGACAAAAUAUCUAAAUCCAGCUGCAGUGCUUGAUAGAAAAGCGUUAGCUCUUGACUAUUGGUCAUCCUGUAGAACAAUAUGCAAAUUAGAGAAACAAAAAACAGAGGGCAAUAUCAAAAGAAACAAUAGGUUUUGUCCCUACCUCAAGUCUUUGAAUGUUUUGUGCAAAAAUGACUAUUUUGAUGCACUCGGCAAUAGCUUGAUGUGCAAUAUGAAACUCUCCUAAUUAUGAAAUAAUAUACUUGAACAUUUGUUUAUAUAAUGCAAUUUUGUAGGGAUAAUUUCUUUUUCUUCUGUUCUAUAUUUUACUAUUAUUAUUUCUCAUUUAAUAUAAUAUAUUUUAUAUUCUAUAAUAAUUAUUGUCAACAAUAUUUCUUACACUUAGACAAUAAUAAACAAUGGUUGUUGAAGA